AUGGGACGUCUAUCUUCAGGCAUUGGUUCCGAUCUUAUUGUCAAGCGACUACAUCACUCACGCUUUUGGUGCGCAGCCAUCUCUGCCACAAUCUUUGCUUUGGCUCAAGUCGCCGCCAUUCGUGUUGAGGAUCCCCACUUCCUGUGGGCUGUGUCCGGACUCUCCGGACUCGCAUAUGGCGUUCUAUUCGGUGUCUUCCCAGCGCUUGUAGUCGAUGCGUUUGGUCCCGAUGGCUUCGCCGUCAACUGGGGCUUCAUGACUCUGGCACCCGUCGUCAGUGGAAACGUCUUCAAUCUCUUUUACGGUGCGGUCUAUGACUCCAACUCGGUAGUUGAGCCAGAUGGUCAACGUGGAUGUGAGCUGGGUCUCUCGUGUUACCGCACAGCGUACUAUGUCACUCUCACAUCGAGCAUAUUGGGUAUCUUCGCUUGUUUCUGGGGUAUCUACGGCGAGCAUAUACGCAAGAGGCGAGAGUUGGAGGAACACGAUGGUCAUAGAGAUGCUUGA